AUGAGCAUGUUUAGAUCAGUUUGUAUCCUCGCGAGCAUAACGUAUGCAUACGGCCUUGACUCCACUGCGAUCGAUAUAAUUUUGCAUACACACAAUGAUUUUAGAAGAAAUUUUGCCAAUGGGUUAUAUGGUUCAUUUGCUGCAAACAUGAAGAAAUUGGAUUGGUCAACAGACUUACAGUUAGAAGCACUGCUCUCGCUAGAUUGUGCGUUGGCUAUCGCCCAGCCCGUCGGUACUUUCAAUACUCACACUAAUAUCGGAAUGAGCGCUGAUGGAAACAUCACAAAUAUUAUCCGGCCAUGGAUGCUAGAGAGUCAACACUUUGUACCACAAUUCCAAACUUGCAUCAAUAUUCAACAAUGCAAGAGAUUUUUGACGAUGGUGCAUGCUCGGCAUAGAACUAUUGGAUGUGCCUUCACUGACCGUUGUCAAAUUAGAAAUAUUCACGUGAACUUACUGGUAUGCAAAUAUUCCGGCAGCGAGGAUGCCAUUGUCCCCUUCUUUAAGCCCGGUCUACCAUGUACCAAAUGCGAUGAGGACAAUGCAUUCUGUGAGGAAGGUUUAUGUGUACCCUGCACAGGGACACCGUCUGAGUGUGAUUGUCGGAAGACAUGCAGAAAACACAACAUUGGCUACGGUAUACUGAACAGUACAACGUGCACCUGUGCGUGUUCUUACGGGUUAGGACCUAACUGUGAUGAGGACUGUGUAAACCCUGAAAUGUACGAGGACUGGGAUGUAUGUUCUGAAAUCACAGAGCAAGAUUGCCAAACUGACAGAGCUAUCCUCGAGGAAAUGUGUCCUGCUCAGUGCGCCUGUAGGCGCCACCCAAACGCAGUUGUAAUUCCACAAGAAAGUCAUCCUUCUGUCGGAAACCAAGUGUAA